ACUUUUGUCGAUUUAAAGAUUGAACUCUUUGAGGGGGGAAGGGACUGUGGAAAAAUCUGGAACAACAACAAAAUAAUUUCUUCCCCUUUAUCAACUCAUUCUUCGCACGAUUUCAUUCCACCGCUGCUCAAUUUCACUUCGCAUCGCAUCGCAUCAUCAAUCACGCUGUUGAUUUGAUUCUGUAGCUAUGAUUCAAGCCGCAAUGCGGGGCUAUGAUCAAGAAGAUGAAUAUGAGGAUUACGAUGAUUAUGAGGACGAACAACUGGAGGAAGGGGAGGGAUAUGAAGAGGAGGAAGGGGAAGAGUAUGUGGCAGAAGAGCCUCGGAAGCCCACUAAGGAAGAACUGGACUACCUUGAGUUGAGGCAGAAGUUGAAAGAAUCAAUCAGAAAAAAGAUGCAGAAGCAGAAUAGUACUUCCCUUGCAGAUUCAAGUGGUAGAAAGAAGCAAAUUCAACGUGAUAAUUAUGGGUCUUUUUUUGGUCCUUCUCAACCGGUUAUUGCACAGCGAGUAAUCCAAGAGAGCAAAUCAUUGCUAGAAAACCGACAUUUGGUGCCCAUGCCUUCUAACACACCUCAAAUUAACAAAAGUACAAGUAAAGUAUCUAAUGGUGUAUUGAAGUCUUCAGCUCAGAAGCAGCCACCCAAAGUCAACGAGAAGCUAGUUAAAGCUGAGAAACUCAAGGUUACUAGAGAUUACUCGUUUCUUUUGUCUGAUGAUGCGGAUCUUCCUGUUCCAUCAAAAGAGCCUCCCUCCAGGAAUACAUCUGUGCGCAGUUCUGUGGGACAAGCAGCUCAAGUUCCAGGAAAGAGUAAACCGUCUCUUAGCAAUGGUGGCAAGCUCGUUCGUGGUUCUGGUGAGAACCGGAAACCUGUUGCUGGAGCUCGUCACUUAGCUCCUAAACCACGAUCCAAUUACAAGUUAAGUUCUACGAGUCAGGCCAGUAAGGUAUCAGUAGAUUCUAGAAAACAGCUGGGUAACAACAGUGUGAAUGGACCAGGCCGGCCGUUAUUGCCCAAAGGCAUGCCUUCAAAGAUGCAUGUUAAUACCUCGGUGAGUAAAUCGGUCACACCUGGCAUGAGAAAUCCUAUAAAUGGUGUGCAGAAGCCAGCCCCUUCAAAGGUUCCAUCAUCUGUUCCGAAGCAGGGCGUGGACCAAAGAAGAGAUGUACGAGAACAGUAUAAACCCAGAACAGUACCAAAACAACCAGUUUCAUCAUCAAAAACUCAGGUAAGUAAGCCACCACUUAAACAAAUUCCUAAGCGUUCUGAUUUGCAUGAUCAGCGCCCCAAGAGUAUAGUGAGGAAACGCCGCCCUGAUGAGCCUGUGGUGGAUGAUUGGCGCAGAGAGAUCAGAAAUAUGUUUGGUUACAACCCCAAGAAUUAUUCCGAUGACGAUGACGACGCCAAUAUGGAGGCAGGCUUUGAUGAUAUCAUGAAGGAGGAAAGGAAGAGUGCAAAAAUUGGUAGAGAGGAGGAUGAACGUGAGAGGUUGGCGGAGGAGGCGGCGGAAAAGGAGGCGGCAAGGAGGCGAAAGUUAAAGAAGCGUAAGCUUGGCUUGUAACAUCAAAGAGAUUAUCGGUUUGAUUAUCAUGAAAUCCGACUUGCUCAAUUCAGUCCAAUGGGGAUGAUGUUUUGUUAAGCUAGUUUGUAUUAUAUUUUGUAAUUUAUUUAUAAUAAUGCUAAUCAUACAACUAAUGAUUGCAAUUUUUUAUGUUACGAAGAGGGCAAAUGCUGGGGAGAUAGUGUGAUGAUUUGGCCUUCAACCAUAAAUUUAAAGUAUUUGGUAAAUUGUUUAGAUGAGAUGAUUUUUGAGUUCAA